CUGAAAAGAAAUAGAGAACCCUACCCCUCACUCACCGUGUUCUUGUGCGCGUUUGGAGGCUGUGGCGCUUCUUUUGGUGCGGCGAUUCAUCUUCUUCGCAGAUAAGCUCUUCUUCCUGAAUCUGUGUAGCGAGAUGGCUCCACUGCGCUAAAUCUCUCCAAUUAUCCGCCGCUCGCCAUGUCUGUGUGUCGCUAACCCCGGAUCUGCAUUGCAUUCUAUGGCUGUGGCAAUCCGCUAGAGGAAGGAUUUCCUUAUGGCGUCUCUCGGCCGCUAGAGCUCUCUGUGUGUGAAAUCUCGCCAUGCUGCGCUAGAAUUGCUUAACCCUGCCCCCCGAUCAUGUCUAUCACGCGUUAAGUCGGUGCGUUCCAUGGCUGGAUUUGACAUUUCCAUUCGUUAAGUCGGCGUGUUCCAUGGCUGGGUUUCGUUAAGUCACAGCGUCUUCGCUCCAUCCAUGGCAGCUUGUCGCUAAGUUCUUGAGCUCAAUUCUCAUGGCUCGUUUCACUCGCUAAAGUCGAGAAGAAAGAACAGAAAAGAUGCUUGCCUUUCGUUAAAGUUGAUGUUUCUUUCCAUGGUUUUUUUCCUGCCUUAAACAAUCGAAAGUAUGGCGUCUCUCAGUCGCUAAUUUCCUCGGGUUUUUUUUACCAUGGCCUGUCGUUAAAUUCUGUUGUGCUUGCUUGCUCAGUCAUGGCGGCUAUGCGCUAAAUCGCUCGCGUUUUUUGUGUAACAAUGUUGCGUCGCGUUGUUGGUGUAUAUACUUAGAACUUGGCUUGAGUUGGAGCUAUGGCAGUCCGCUAAGUUCGUGACCAGCCAUGGAUGUAGAAGUAAGUGCGAUAGUCUUGUCCUCGGGUAGCUAAACUCGUCGUGGUUUUUUUGCGUUUUCUCCUCGUUGAGUGGUGAGCAUAGUAGUAUGUGAUCCGCAUCGAAGUUCACCUGGCCAGUAUUUUCUCGUUUAUGGCGUUUCUUCGUCAUCUUCUUCUUAGUAUCAAAGAUCGCGGUAAAAUGGCUGUAGACUUUGAUUGUUCUUGUUCCUUAGUGUCCUGGAGUUCACGUUAGUCUCCUUGUUUCUUUUUUCCUCUUUUCUUUUUUCUGCUGGCCAGGUUUUUUUUCUCUCUUUUUUUUUCCUGUUCUUUCUUUUCUCUAUUGAAGAUGUAGUCAACCUUUGCAAAAAGACAGCACGAGAAGGAUUUAUGAAAAUGUCAAUCGCAACGAAAGAUAGACAACGCUGGCAGCCCGAGGAAGACGCUAUUCUAUGCGCUUACGUGACACAGUAUGGGGCAGACGACUGGAACCUCAUCUCCGAGCGGAUGGGUGAACCGCUCGACCGAGAUCCCAAGUCGUGCCACGAAAGGUGGAAGAACUAUCUCAAACCUGGGAUCAAGAAGGGGCCUCUCACAGACGAAGAACAGCAGCUUGUCAUCAAGCUCCAGACCAAGUACGGCAACAAAUGGAAGCGCAUUGCGGCCGAAGUUCCGGGACGAACAGCUAAACGCCUAGGCAAGUGGUGGGAGGUUUACAAGGAACGCUUGAUCAAGGACAAGAAGAAGUUGCUGAGCACCCAUGCAGCGACGGGAAACUGUGACAGCAUGGUCACGGAAACGAUGCAUCUUCAAGCUCUAGGUCCGGGUUUCUCGAGGCCUUUCCUUUCGAGCACGCCUGAUCUCUGCGUCAACGGGGCUCCUGCGUUUUCUACGUCGACACCAGAUGCGAAUGACAUAUGCGGGCCGCCGACAGUAUGCCAGGAUCACUUUGGAAACAAUGCGUCUGGAGUUACCACCACCGAGGCUUUGUCCGGGGAUGAAACGCUGCUCACUCUGGGGCCGUCUACGACCUUUCAGAAGCAGUUCCCAAUGGAGGUGGUGGCGACUUCUGGCAUGACUAUGCCAAAGUGGAUCCCGAAAAAGCUGGAGAUCCAGAUCGCCUCGACGCUCACUGAAUCGUCGCUGUCUCUGUCCUCUUCGCGGACAGCCGACGAGGGGCUCGACUGCCUGGAUCCAGCUUCCGAAUCAAGCGACAACAACGAAGGCUCGAAUCUGUCAAUGUUUGAGCUUUUCAAGGAGCUGAGAGAGCAGCGAGAGAACUGGAUUCAGCAGAAGAAGGGGAUCAGCUCGAAGCUCAAGGAACUCAAGCAGCAGCUGGAGUGUGAGAAGGCCGAGAAGCAGCGCCAGAAGAUCCAGGAGGUGGACGCCAGAGUGAAAGCUCUCAAGGAGGAGAAAAAGCAGUUUUUACAGAAGGUGGAGCAGGACUAUAGCGAGCUGGUGUCCAAUCUCGAGAGAGACGCGGAGAUGAAGGAGAAGAAGCUCACGGAAGCUUGGACGCUCAAGUAUGACAAGCUAGUUCACACAUACGAACGAUAUACCCUCUCGGGGCCAGUCUUUCACGCCGAGUAGUAUGAUCUCUUACUACGUACUCUCAUAGAUAAGUUUCUAUCUCUUCUAAGUCUUCGUUUGUAGCGUUUUUUCUAAGUUUUAUUUGAAGUAGGAGUUAGUUAAAA